AUGGAGUUCUUUCUGCGUAAAGCUGGACACCCGAACCCCCAGGUGCGGCCGGUGCCUGAUGGGACCGUGGCUGAAUUUCCCGUCCCCAGUGUCAGCUGGGAAGAUGGAGGGAAUUACACCUGCGACUAUCACUCCAUAACGGAUCAGAAUCACUGGUCAGAUCCCAGCGACCCCGUCGAGAUGAUUGUAGCAGAUGAGCGCUACCCGAAACCCAGCAUCUCCCUGAGCCCCAGCGGGGGGGUCUCCCUGGGGGGAGCCGUGACCAUCUGGUGUCGGGGGCAGCGCCUGGGCGUGCGGUUCGUGCUGAAUAAAGAGCGACGCCAUUUCCCACCUGUGGAUUCGGACGGGUUUGAGGCUGUGUUUCCCAUCAGCAACGUGCGCCGGGAGCACGGCGGGAGCUACAGCUGCUCCUAUCACAGCAGAUCGGAGCCGUUCACCGGGUCGUACCCCAGCGACCCCGUGGAGCUGGUGGUGAGAG